UUCAAGCCAAGUGACCUUUCUUUUCGCAAACCCUUUUGGCUCAAAGUAGUAGAAAACCGCCCUGGGCGGACUUGAAGGGCAUGGGCAAGAAGCAAAAAGAAAUCGUCGAAGCGGAAGAGGAGGAGGAAGAGGUCGAGGAGAAACCUCAGAAAAAAGCAAAGAUUGAGGUUGCUGAGACAACCAUUGAGAAGGAAUUUGAGGACCCUGCUCUUGACAACGAUGAGGGCGAGCCAACCAUCCAUUCGGUGUCCAUCGGUGGUCUUAGCUUUGACACGACUCGACAGACCGUGCGGAAGGCUGUGAAGAAGUUUGGGAAAGUGGUCACUGUGCGUCGAUGGGUUCGCGGCGCUCCUCGCCGAGCUGAUGUGUCCUUUUCCACAGCAGAGGAAAUGGACGCUGCCAUUGAAGGUUUGCAGGGGCAGGAGAUUGAUGGCAGAGAAGUCAAAGUCAAAAAGACUCCCCAGGAAGGAGAGGAAGCCCCCAAGAAGAAGGGCAAGGGCAAAGGCAAAGGUAAAGGCAAGGGCAAAGGAAAAGGAAAAGGGAAAGGCAAAGGAAAAGGUGGUGGUGGGCGAGGCUGAGUGCUUUGUACAUAUGAGCCUCACAUUUCGUUCCUAAAGCAAGGGCAUCAGCUUACUCAGAUUGGUCAAGGUCUUCAUUUGUACCGC